UACCCGUCAAAAGAGUUGACAACAACAGAAAAAGAAAAACCAGUACUCUAGUCGCCAAGUAUCCGGGUGGACUUUUUUUUUUUAAUUCUGCCGGAUUCAAAAAACUUCUUUGUACUGUGUUGGAUCGGUUCGUUCCGAAAGUGUUGUUACUGGAAUGCCGGAAGAUGAGGCCUUCAUCCAAAAUUUGCCCACCGAAGUUCUUGAAUAUAUUCUUGGACUCGUUUCGCCUUACAGUGAUUUGCAAUCGUGCAAACUUGUCUGCAAGAGAUGGUUGGAAAUCGUCCAAGAUGUGGUCAACAAGCAUCAAAUGAGGUUUCACUCAAGUCUCAACGAAAACAACAUUCACUGGGAAACCCUACCGUCCACCCAGGACCUUUUCACAACGAUAUCUAGACGCUACUCACAUGCUGCCUGCUAUUAUGAUAAUUACAUGUAUGUAUUUGGAGGGUGCACAUCAACCAAUACUACAUUCAACGACUUGUGGAAAUUGAACCUUACAACAAGAAGUUGGGUGAGGCCGCUUCCUACAGGAUCCUAUCCUUCACCCAAAGCUUGUGCAACUUUAGUGUGUUACAAAGACUCUCUUAUCUUGUACGGUGGAUGGACACAGUCUUCCUCUUCCCCCCUCCACCAAGUUUGCCAACUUUUCAAUGAGCUCAACAUUUACCGAUUAAAGACCAACAAAUGGGACUAUGAAUACACACAUCCAGCCCCACCUUCAGCUGCCGGUCACUCAGCAACCGUUCAUGGCCAUCACAUGAUUGUUUUCGGAGGCAUCAGACGACAGCUGUCACUCGGGCAGCCAUCACAGGAAAUUUUGUGCUACGAUCUAGAAAAUAACUCUUGGUUUCAACCAGAAAUCGAUGAACCAAAACCGCAAGGUCGUUAUGGACAGACUCAAAUAUCUUUAAAUGAACACAAUUUACUAAUCAUUGGUGGCUGUGGAGGUCCCAACAGCGUCUUCAAUGACGUUUGGUUACUCAACAUGGAAGGAUUACGAUGGCGAUGGACGGAGCUGUCUGUGGAAAAUCAAGAACAUGGCGCGUGCCACAUGUGGUGUUCACCUGGUUGCAAAGUGGAAGAAAAAGUGGUAUUUUUGUGCCGAAGGCCAAACGCCCAGCAAGCGUCCAGUCCGCAUCCGGCUUACGCAUCCCAUUACAACAUGUCUGCCCAGAUUCGUGGUCGAUCUGUUUGGGUUCCACCGGUCGAAAACCCACCAGCCCGCCCAAACAAUAAUAUACGAGUCCAAGACGAAAGAAACGUAAAUGGAAAUAGCAAAGGCGAUUUGAAUGCAAGGCGUCAAGAGGAGGAACCCAAGGAACCUGUGCGUGUUCACCCACGGCCAGGAUCGAAGCCGUCAAUUCGGCCAAACGCAAUGAAAAAUCGAGGGAAACAACUGGAAGCAUUAAAACAAAUGGAAGAACGUAUCCAGCGGUUGCAGGGAAAGGUACGUGAAAUUCAACAAGACAAAGUGAACUCCUCCAACCAAUCGUCGAUGAGUCUGUGCCUGCUUGAUAUCAGUGAAGCUCUUACAAAGAAUAAAGUCCGAUGGUUACCACCGAAUGAUGCAGUCACAAGCGGACGCGGUUCACCUGAAGAAGCAGUGCUCUAUUCCAUUGUACACGGGCGAGGAGAAUUGAUUGUGUUUGGAGGCGUACAAAAGUUUAUCGCUACACAGUCAACUACCAAUUCGCCAGGCGGGCCUAACAUUGUCUCAAAUGCAGUUUACUUUAUUCAAGCUCCUAAGUGCAUCAUCUGAUGAUGAUGAGCAGUUUACUUGUUCUCUAAUGACCAUAGCUGUUUGUUCGCAGAUUUGUACAAUACCAUAAAAAGACGUUUGUUUGCCUA